UCACCCACCACUGGAACAACAUUCGAGUUUCGAGGGACACGAGCCGGGGCAGCUGGACACGUCGAAAGAACGACGGGAAAAGGGAGAAAAGGAAAGCCAGACAAAAGAGAGGGAAAACACCCGAAUACCACUAUGGCACCCAGCGCCUUGGACUCGGCCGACGCCACGGAGGAGAGAAAUUCGCCUCCCCAGAUUGCCCCAGGCCGUUUCGAUCCCGGCUUCGACACUGCCGUAGAUCCCCUCAGCCUCUUCCGCAGCCUCCCCGACCCCCCGAUAGAGGCCCAAGUAUGCAUUGUCGGUGCCGGUCCCGCAGGCCUCAUGCUUGCCGCGAAUCUGGGUCGCUUCGGAAUCAAGAUCGAGGUCAUUGACGAACGAGCUGACCAGACACCCGUGGGAAGAGCCGACGGACUUCAACCCAAGACGAUCGAGACCUUUAGACAGAUGCGACUCGCCCACCCCCUGCUUCAGCGCGGUGUUCGCGUCUAUGAUAUCUCCUUUUGGCGCAGCACCCCGGAGGAGCCCCUCCACCGACUGGGCCGCGAGGUCCAUUACCCCCCAGUUAUCGAUGUCUUGGAUCCGUACAUCCUGCUCGUCCACCAGGGCAUGGUCGAAAGUCUCUUCAUUGACGAUCUAAGGAAGCGAGGCGUCGAGGUUCGCAGGAACACCGCCUUCGAGUCGUACAACGUGCCAGAGGAUAAGUCGGGGCCCCUCCGGGUCAAUUGCCGGACCAACGUCACCCAGGACCGGAAGACCUUUUUGACGCAAUACCUCGUCGGAUGCGAUGGUGCUCACUCUAAAGUACGUAAGAGUAUUCCAGAGGCGCGGGCUAUCGGCCUGUCGCAAGCCUCCAUCUGGGGCGUCCUAGACGGCGAGCUCAUCACCGACUUCCCCGACAUCUGGUCCAAGACGCUGGUCUACUCCCAAGAGCACGGGUCCAUUCUCAUUAUCCCCCGAGAGAGGAACAUGACCCGCUUCUACAUUGAGCUCAAAUCGGGCCCUAAGGUGGACCGCAGAGAGCUUGGCCAGGAGUUUAUCAUGCGACGGGCCCAGAAGAUCAUGGCGCCCUACACCGUCGAUUGGAAAUACAUCGAAUGGUUCGGCCGGUACCAGAUCGGUCAGAGGGUAGCAAGCCGUUUUUGCGACCCGCAUACCCGUGCCUUCCUCUCCGGCGACGCCGCUCACACCCAUUCUCCCAAGGCUGCCCAGGGCAUGAACACCUCCAUGCACGAUUCGUGGAAUCUGGCCUGGAAGCUCAACCUCGCCGUGCGCGGCCUCGCCAAGCCCAUGCUGCUCGAGAGCUACGAGGAAGAGAGGCGGAAGACGGCACUGGACCUGGUCAACUUUGAUUACGAACACGCCAACCAGAUCGCCGGGGGCGAUGCCGAGGCUCUCUCGGAAAACUUCAAGACCAACAUCCGUUUCAUGUCCGGCAUAGGUGUCGAGUAUGCGGAGAGCCCUCUAAACGUCGUCGGGGAGCAGCCCGCCAUCAUGGGAGAUGUCCGCCCAGGCUGUCUCCUACCUCCGGCCAAGGUCACCCGCUACAUCGACGCGAAUCCCGUCGAUAUCCAACUUGACAUCCCCAUGCUUGGACAAUUCCGGAUCUACAUUCUCAUGUGGGACGUCCACGCGUCGAACCCUUUCCUCGAGACUUUCUGCCGGGCCAUCGCCGCGCCCAACUCGUUCAUAAGCAAGCUGUCGGCCGCCGCCAACGCCUCUUACGCCGCCCAACCGCGACUGCCCUCCCCAGAGGAUAUGUAUACACGGCCGGAACGGUACACUGCUGUCAGCCACCUCUUCACUUUCGCCCUCGUCACAACCAUGUCCAAGCAGGAUGUGGAACUCUCCGACCUCCCCGCCCUUUUGCAGGACUGCAGGUGGACUUUUUACAUCGACGACAUUCCCGAGCAGGACACCCGCGGCUCCACAUGUACCAACAAGUGGCUGGGUAGCCUAGGCCCCGGCGAGGUCGCCAUCGUCAACGUCCGGCCAGAUGGCUAUGUGGGGUCUGUCGGCCGCUGGGACACGUGUGUCGACGACGCCGGUAUCGACGCCGCCCGCUGGUUGGACCGCUAUUACGACGGCUUCCUGCAGCUGCCCGGGACUCCCAGUACCAGGUCAUCCUCGGCCGCACCGCCGGCCAGUGAAGCGGCUGAGACGACUCCUAUGGCCAUGACUACUGAAUGAAUUUCUUUUGCACGCCCCGGGGAAGACGUUGACUGGGUUGUCUAGACAUACAUGCCUUGUUUCUUUUUUCCUUCUUUUUUUUUUUCCGCCUUCCAUUGAUCCACGACGUCUCGCUUGCAAAAACAAAGCCAUGCGUAUGAAAAGGACGGUCAGCUGAUUCAGACGAAUGCGGAGUUGGUUCCUCAAUGUUAUCCCUGUAGUUUUGUGGGCUUUCUCAUU